AUGGCCAAAGCAAAGGGUCGCGCGAAGCAGUUCCUGGACUUGGACGAACCCGUAGUCAAUGACUACGAUCCCGAGGCCGACGUCGAUGUGAGCGAACACGGCAGCGGAAGCGAAGAGAGCGAGGAUGAGAACGCGGGAACCGAACACUAUGUCUCUGUUGGCAAGGGCAAGUUGAGGAAGCAAGAGGGUCUCGCUCUUGGUCCAGAGUACCGAGGCUCACGCGUCUCGCGAGAUGCGCUUGGCGAAGAGAGCGCAUCUGACGAAGAAGAAGAUGAGGAAUCGGGCGAUGAAGAAUUCGACGACCCGGAGACCGCAGACCUACAGCGCGAUGAGGCUGAGGCCAGCGACUCGGAAAUUGACAGCGAUGAUGCCUUGUGCGAGAGCGACGAAGAGCGCAUGAAGGAUUUUACUUUCCGAGGAAGCUCCAAGCCUAAGAAGCCUUCUGUCAAGAGGGCUACUGCUGCGGAUUAUAUGUCAUCUUCUGACGAAGGAGGCGCUGGAGUCGACGAGGAUGAGGAUGAAAUAGAUGAUGCAGAGCUUGAGGGCUCCGAUUCGGAAGGCGACGAGAUGGACGAUGGCCUCGACGCUCUUGUCGACGGCGAAGGAGAUUCUGACGACGAGUCGGAUGAGAACGACGACGAAGAAGGCUCUGGUGAAGAUGACGAUGACGAGGAUGAGAGCGAUAGCGAUGAUGAGGACUCAAAGACAAAGGCUCAGAGCGCAAAGCCCAUGAUGGCAGCUCUCCAAACCCGACCCGAUGUCGACAAGGGCCUGGCUAUUCGCCAGCAACGAAAGGCCUACGAUGGACUCCUCAAUAUCCGAAUUCGAUUGCAGAAGGCUCUCAUCGCUGCCAACUCUUUCGAUACCAUCGAUACCGACCCUGAGCCCGAAUCGGAGCCCUACGAGGCCGCGGAAGAGGCUGCCAUCAAGCUCCUCAACACUAUCAGCAGCCUUAAGAACAACUUUGGUCCAUCCCGUGCCGGCGACAAGCGCAAGCGUGAGUUGGAUGUGUCUAUGACUACGAACGAGAUCUGGGAAGAGAUGAAGGCGGAGGAGCAGCGAGCCAUUAAAUCUCGAGAGGAUCGUCUGGAAAAGUGGUCUCGCAAGGUGCAAUCCGUCAACGUCACAGCACCAAAGGGUCUCGAGUCGCGCAACAAGACACUCAUCAACGCACUCAAGGAGCAGCUCAUUGACCCUGACAACCGACUCGCCAAACGCUCCCGCAUCCCUCGCUCAUGCGCCCCCGCACAGGCUGCCAAGGGCGUGGCAGAGGAUGGUGACAUUUACGAUGACGCCGACUUCUAUCAGCUCCUCCUCAAGGAGCUUGUCGACCAGCGCACGGUCGAGGGCUCAUCGGGAGCCGGUACUGGCGGUGCGGUGCCCACAGUGGUACUCACAGCAGCCAAGGACAACAAGAACCGCAAGAACGUGGAUCGCAAGGCCAGCAAGGGCCGUAAGAUGCGCUUCACAGUUCACGAGAAGCUGCAGAAUUUCAUGGCUCCCGAGGACCGACGCGCGUGGGAGCAGGGUGCUAUCGACCGCUUCUUCGGUACGCUGUUCGGUCGCAAGAUGCAUCUGAACGAGAACGAGAGCGAUGACGAGAUGGAUGUUGAUGUCGAGGAGGCGGGACUCAGGCUGUUUAGAAACUAA